AAUGAAAUCUGUAGCUCGUUUGUGGAUCCACAUAAUUUAUAUUACACGGGAGCGGACAUUUUUCUCAAAUUAUGUAGUCUACAAUGUUCUUAGUUAUUUCUUAUUUAUAAUUAAACGACGUAUGGUGAGAGAAAGAGGGAGGUGAUAGUGAAGCGCAAGAAAACGUGCGUAAACAGAGCAUCCAGUGCCGUGCUGUCCAGUGGCAGUCAGGUGAUUGGAACUGUCACAUGACUGCCGCAAGCGGCGGCUUUUCGCUUGAGAAACAGUUGUUCGUGUGCGCGAGAAGUUAACGGGAUAGUGUAGAUCAAAAUCGCUGCUAUUUGAGAAAUACGAAUAAAGGGUAUAAUGAUACAAAGUAAAUCAGUGGCGCUAUCGAAACGGAACACGUGAAUGCUGCAAACAGUGCUUACUCCGCUGAUGAACAGACAUGUAUCAGUGUGUUUCGGUAAAUAACGGGAAAGAAUGUCUGUACGUUGAUCGGAUUCAUAUCACAAACUGUUGACGAAUGUCGUGCACUAAAAUGCAAUGCAAUAAAAUGCAAUGCUACUAAAACUACAGUGAUAAAUGAAGUGUACGUAGUAUUUCUAUUGAGAGUGAAAAGUGUGCAAGUGCGAGAAGAACGUUGCAACUUCCGUCGGUGGCAUUUCUAUGGCGGACCUCUUCUUCCUCGAGUUGGUGAUGACAACUCUGGAAAUUGCUUCGUGCCGAUCUGAGAAGAACAGUCAUGCAAGGGCGAGCGACCUUCCCGUGACACAGGACACCUCUUCCAAAAGGUCAGUUACCUCAUACGUGCUCAGCGUGCAAGAUGUUAUACAGGAAAAUAUGUCUAUGUCGGAGCAUGAUAGUUAA